AUGUCUACACGCAAUGUCGACGGAGCAAACAGAGCCGGUGAAAUACAAGGAGAUGUUCGUGAGCGCGAUGAAUCUUAUCUGUACAGGGGUUUAAAGAUCGUCAGCGGGGAUCCAUGGGAUUCACGACUUUUUAUCCUCCAAUGUGAGGAGAUCGUCAACAAGAUUGGUAGGAAGAAGGGGCCGUUCUCUGCCAAAGCACUGCAACUGCACAGAAUAUUUGCUUACAUCAGGGUUAUUGAAAAAACAACCUUCGUCCAAACGAGGGAUCAGUAUCUCGUAACCCUAGGCAAAAAACCCAUGCUUGCCAACGAAAUAGAACUUGUGAAGAAGAUACCGGAGGAUAGCUUUCCCCAUUCAGCAACUCUCGCGUCGGACUAUGAGACCUGGUCAGAUCUUGGGUUGAGUGGGCCUGAGGAAGAGACCUUCAACGACUUCUAUGGUAUGCCUGCAUCCAUCUUAAAGCUGAUCGCAAGAACGAACAAUAUGGUUGCCCAGAUCGACCCGCCGCAACACCAUGGAACCGCUCAGCCUUACAUGCCCGCGGAAUUGAUCGAGGCCGCUGCAGCCUUGGAAAGGGACAUUUGUCACUGGGAGACACCGCAAAGACAAGCCGAAAGUAACGGUGACACUUUCAUUUUGUUGAGCUGCAGCUCUACCAACAGCAUCCCGGAUCCAGCCCAAACUAUGAAGUCUAAUAUCGCCACAGCGAUGCACCACGCAUUGAUGGUCUACUUCUUCCGGUUUGUGCGAGGCACCAAUCCUAUAAUACUGCAACACUAUGUCGAAAGCAUCCUCAGUAACCUCGAAAUGCAUCAUGAAAGCAAACAGUGCUUCUUUCCCGGGGUGCGGUUGGGUGUCACUGUGUGGCCCAGCUUCAUCGCUGCCUGUGAAGCGCUGGGGGAUGGCUUGCGCCGUCGCGCCAUACUCUGCAUGAGACACGCUGCUUGGGCGGGCUUCCAGAAUGCGGAAGCGGCAGAAAUGGUUGCAAAAGAAGUAUGGCGACGACGUGAUGCAGGGGAGUUGCACGUAUCCUGGAGCACUGUCCUACGGGAGUCUCAGACCAUUCUGCUACUGACCUGA